CAUACACGUCAUACGAACACGUGGCGACGUUAUAAUCUGAAACUUGUAGGGUUGGUACCGUAUUUGAGGAGAAAGGGAGGGCUUUUCAGUCAUUUCGAAGGGCAGGACUAGGGUUUUGAGGGUAUAUUCACAUAGUCGGUUACUCUCUGUCUCGCUUCAUUUCUAUCCGUUUUGGUUUCUCAACCUCCUGCAGCAGCAGCAGCAGCAGCAUCAUGCGGGGGGGAUUUUGUGUAGCUUCAUAGUAUUAUAGUAGGGUGCCACACUACCACUUUGCCCCGUUUUCCCUUUCGGUUAUUCGGUUACUGCCGCUUCAUUCAUAUUUAGCUCAUUGCCGUUUCGGUGUUGUGGAUCAAUGGAAUUGGAAUUGAGUGAGAACAAGAAGUGUUGUACUGAUUGCAGAACCACCAAAACCCCACUCUGGAGAGGAGGACCAGCUGGACCCAAGGUCAUCACUCAUCACUCAUCCUCAACAAUACCCAUUUCUAAUUUCUACUCUUUUUUGCUAUUGAUUUUGUUUGGGUACCGGAAGAGAAGGGCUUCUAUGGUGGGAAUGAACAAAGGACAAGAAAAGAAGAGAGAGAGAGCACAAAACGGCACCAGCAGCAGCAGCAGCAGCAGCUCUGGUGAUACGGUUGGUGUUGGUGGCGGAAGAGAAUUAAGGGAGUCUUUAAAAGUGAAGUUAAUGGCGUUGGGUGAGGAGGUUUUGUUGCAGCGAUCACCCUCUGUUCUGAAGAAACAGAGGAGGAACAUGUUAGGUGAAGAGGAACAAGCAGCUGUUUGUUUGAUGGCAUUGUCCUGCGGCUUUGUUUUCGCUUGAUAAAGGGGAACACAAAGCAUUCCUUAAUUAAACAGAUUAAAGGUAACCUAAUCAGUAAUUUAACAAAACCUUUUUGCUGUUAUGUAGCUAACCUUCCUUUCUUUCUUUACCCUUUUUGUUAGGUAUUGUAAAGUGAUAUGUAGUUAUAUACCCUUCAUUUAUGUGAAAGGGGUUUAUUUCAUAGUGAAUUCGAAUCUAGUUAGGGAGAAAAGAGUCCACCCUUCAAGCAAGGGACUCACUGACUUUUCUUUUACUUUGUUCUGUUCAUAUAUGCUAAUAUGUUCGAUUAGUCAUUAAUGUAAGUAUUUCGGAUUUAUGGGUAAUUAUUAUAAUGUAAUCUCCUAUG